GUGUUUUUAAUUACAUACUAACUAAUAUUGGUAAAUUUAUUAUUUAGUGCUAAGUUGUGCAAAGUUUUACAUUGAUAAGUUAUAAUCGCGUACAUUUUAGUGAACGAGAAAUGUUAUUGAUUGAUAUUUUGUGAUACAAAUCUAAAGCUCAGCUGAAACAUGAAACUUCCGAGACCUAGCAGAAGCGUGGUGUGUCUCGUCGCGCUACUUUCUUACAUAUCAAUUGUGCAAGCCAUCGACUGCUUCAAAUGCGUUUCAAUGAAUGGAAAAUUCGCGGCGUGCGACGACCCGUUCCACAACAAUCAUUCGCUGCAGAUGUUGGAGGCGCCGUGUAUGGGGGGGCGGAAGGGCCGCGAUGGGUUAUUUCCGGCUACUUCGUGUAUAAAAAUUGCUGGAGUUUUUGAUGACACAGGCGAGAGCAUCACGGUGCGGGGCUGCGGACUGGACUCUGGUACUGCGACGACGGAUACAGAAAUCAUUCGCAUGUCGCACUGCGGCCGGUUCUACUACAACGACAGAUACGUGCACGGCUGCCUGCAGAGCUGCAACGACGCGGACGCAUGCAACGGCGCGCCUCGCACGCUCCACGGCGCUCUUGCACCGCUAAUAUACACCACCAUCUUUCUCUUGAUACAGAGCUAACAGAGGACGGGCUAAUGCAGGCAGGAUUGUUUCUUUUCGAUUUAGUUUCCAGUAUCUACUGCAAGUAUAAGAUAUUGAUGGAGGGAUAUGUAUAUAGAACCAAAAGAAUUUGGCUAUUCACUUCGAAAGCGGGUAAAAUUAAAAAAUCGCUAAUAUCUUCUAAAACAGAAGCACUUUAUAUUUCGGCAAUACUUACGUACUAGUUCGUGUCACGGCGACGCGCAGGUUUGUCAAAUCUAACGUUAAUAACAUGACAUGACAAAACGAGUCAAGGCUAGCGUCUUCGUCAAUGACACGAUUAUUUCCGCAACGCUUAUCCAGGCAUCAUGAUUCCUGUCGCUAUAAGAAAUUGCUUCUAGAUUAGUAGAUAUUUAAUCUUCCUGUAACUUUUUUGUUAAUCAAAAUUGACCUUUAUCACUAAGCGACACAGUUGAUCGUAGGAGACUAGAGAAAACGGUCGGAAAGAUAUAAAGGCCUAUGUAACGGUACUAAAAUUUCCUCCAGUUAUAAUUUUAAUAACUAUACUCUGUAUCUUUCUUUAGGUAUUUAAAUAAAAGUAAACAAAAUCUACUCUCAAAUCUCAAAAAAGCCAUUUGAGGGUAGAUGAAAACAUUACAUGAUCAAAUAAUGUAGGUUAAAGUUAAGUCGUUCAGCGACAGAUCCAGGCGGUUUUGUAUUUGGUUGGUUAACUAAUAAAUGUUAUAACUACCCGAAAAUGUACAAAUUGUUUGUUUACUUUUAUUAAUAUACCUAAAGAAACAGAGACUAACUAUGAAGUAGAAAAAUAGUGAAACAAUCCUGAUCGUAAAGCGUUUAUCACAUCCACACGGUCGUCGGACACUUUUUGUAAGGACUGACUUUCCUACAAAUUAUACCCGGCGACCGUGUCGAUGUGAUAAGCGCUUAAGACGAAGGCAGAGGACCCGUGCGAUAUCGCCAUUUUAUACAAACGUAUUCCUCAUUUUCCUUUUUAUAUAUUAACAUUAUUGAAAAUAUUUUGACACAAAUAGUUGUAUAUGAACCACAGCUAUCCUCCUACGUUGAUUUGUUUUCGAAUAUUUUAUUUUAUAAGAGUUAUAAGCAUUUACAUUUACGAUAAUCAAAAAAUCGAAUAAAGUCAAACGUAAGGGUAUUAGCUAUGGUUAAUACACAUCAAAUUAUGCAAAAAGAAUAAUAAUGACAAUAUAUAGAGGGGAAAAUGGGGACUAAGUUUGUAUGGAAAGACGGCCGUCCCCAUUCGUCUUAACCCAAAGUCUCUCAAAGGGCACAAUCAGCAGGAAAUUUGUCCAUUAAAAUAUCUAUUAACGUAACAAAUUAAUAUUAAUAUUGUUAGUUUAGUCGCAUUUUACGCUAAAGGUACAUCACGCCAUUAUAUUCUAUACAAAACUAUAUUUCUUGGCUUGUAAUAUUUGAACAUCUUAUAUUGUUUCGGGGACCCUUGCCCCCUCAUAAUUUGAACAUAAAUUCCAUUUUCAUGUUAUCAAAAUUACUUUGAGGUAAGAUAAACGUCACUUUGAUUUUGAGAUAACCGCAAGGUUAACUGAAAACGAUAAAGGCAUUACUUAAAAACUACUUAGGUAUAUAAAAAUGACUUUGAGGUAAGAUCAGUCACUUUGACUUUGAGGUAAUAAUGUUAAUCUCGAGGCUAACUGAAAACGUUAAGGGCAAGACUUAAAAACUACUUAGGUAAGUAAGUAUAUAAAAAUGACUUUGAGGUAAGAUCUUAGAUCAGUCACUUUGAUUUUGAGGUAAUAAAGUUAACUGAAAAUGAUGAAAGCAUGACCUUUACAAACUACCAAGGUAUAUUAUAUAAUUACUGUAUCAAUAUACAUACAGACUACACAUUUUUUUCUCUUAUAAUUCUUAUAAAACUUGACUAGAUAAAUGACAAAUGUGUACAAAUAUUUCAAGCCACACUAAUAUGUACUUCACUCGCGUACGUAGUUUUUAUAUGUUGAAUUAAGUUGCAAACAUCCUACUAUUACUAUAAGCUUGUAUGUCCACGUGUCGGGUUAUCUAUCCCGUGGCGGGUGGAAAACUUUCCUAUAUAUCACUUGAAUCACUUCACUUUACACUAAAAUAUGAUUAUUGUCUGUUAACACGUUCACUGUCCCAAACUGAACUGUCAACCUUACGGCUUUAUGAGGCUUGUCGUGACCCAUAUACGGGGCACAGACAGUGAAUGUGUUAAUAAAAGUUUGAAAUUAAAAUUGACUUUUACUUUUAAAAUGCCCAUUUUUAAAAAUGGAGACUUGGCGCGUGGACCCUACCAAAGAGUUACUAUUUCAAGUUUCUUUCCCUUGGCUGUGAUAAGUUUUCUACCAUAUAUGUACAAUACGCUUCUUGGCUGCGUUCAUAGAUAGUACUGUAAUAUCAAACCAUGAAAUGAAAACUUAGAGCAUCAAAAUAUUAUUAAAAAGUAUUUUUUAAUUCAAAAAUUUGUCGAAUACAUUUCAGUGAAAUAUUUGAAUUUUUCCUAAAAAGAACAACAUUGUUAUUGGACGAUUUAUAUCGUAGAAAAUUGUGAGUUCCAGAUAGAUUUUAUACAUUACUAAAUAAAUCUAGGACAGUGUAAAUGAAAUUCAAAAAUUUAUACGAAAUAAGUCUUUUCUGACAUACGAUUCAUAUUUUAAUGUGGAAUUGACCAUUUAUUUAUCAGCUAUUAUAAUUAGUUAAUAGUUAUUUUGUAUGUUUUGGUAUGAGAUGUCAAACAUUUUCAUAAUAAAAGCUAGAAUCAUAUAUUGUGUAAAAACACGGUUAACUUCAAAGAUUUUUACUAUUGUUACAGUUUGUCAGAAAUAAAUGAGCGGCCUAGGUGCUCACAAAUAUCUGAACACGCCUUUAUAGCCAAGGUGUUAGAGUUCAUACUGAGAUAUUUUCUAACAGCUUGAUCGCUUCUAUAUGUCUGAUAGCUACUGUAGGUGCCUACAUACAAUAAAACAAGAUAUAAAAGUGUUAACAUAUCUUUGACGUCAACAGAAUUCGAAUCAACAUCACUCGAGAACAAAUUGAGGUUACUUUGACUUUGAGGAAAGUCUUUGAGGUUUAAGUUGAGGUAAUCCCAAUUUAAACUCAGAAUUAUAAUUUAAGUAGUAUAUAUUGCACCGUUAUACUGAUCGUAAAAUAAGCUUUACUAAGUGAGUACGCAACUUUUGCCUAAUAUUGCGAAUUUUUAUAGACAUGUAUGGAUAUUUGUUUUAUACCGAUUGUCAAUACUGCCCAUGAUUUCGAGCAAUAAAAUAGAUAUAAAUAA